AUGGUUGCUAGUUGCAUGAUAGCAUCGAUAGCGAGGAAUGCAUCACAGCCGGGUCUAUCUGUCUAUCACGUAGCUUCCUUAAAUGUAGACCCAUUGAAGUACACUGUGAUUGUUGAUGCUGCUUAUGCCUACUUUUCAGAACAUCCGUGCACAUCUAAGAAUGGGAGGAUCAUACUCUACGUUGUUGAUAAGCUUCUGCUAGGGUACUUCAAGCUGCAGCCGCUCUACACUCUUUUGCUUGAGAAGUACAAAUUUGCAUUGAAGCUCGCUCGAAUCUACGAACCCUUUCUUUUCUUCAAGGGAACGUUUGACAUCUCAAACACGGAACAUUUGUGGAAUGAAAUGUCAGAGAGAGAUCAGGAGAAUUUCAAGUUUGAUGUUAAGAGCAUAGACUGGAAACACUAUUUCCUCAACUGUCAUAUUCCUGGACUCGUGAAAUAUGUUAUGAGAGGAUGA